ACUCAGCCUGUGGUAGAAAGAGACCAGCCAGCUCUUCCACUCCACUCCCUCCCCUUGCACGAGAGCGUUUCGUUCUCUGCUGAUUCCUGUCAUUGUUUAUUUGACUUGACUUGCCAUCAUGAGCUCCCUGAGCUUGCGGAGCCUAGCUCCCGCCUCCAAGGUUCAUCGUGCUCUGAGCCAGAGACGCCUCUUCUCCUCGACUCGUCCGGCUGCCCGGAUCUUCGCAAACCAGCCUCUGCGCGCCCGCGAGGCCAAUGGCUACAUCUCGCAGAAAUACCCCAUUAUUGACCACGAGUACGAUGCCGUUGUCGUCGGUGCUGGAGGUGCCGGUCUGCGUGCCGCCUUCGGUCUUGCGGAAGCCGGCUUCAACACUGCUUGUAUCUCCAAGCUGUUCCCUACGAGAAGUCACACUGUUGCUGCCCAGGGUGGUAUCAAUGCUGCCCUUGGAAACAUGCACGAGGAUGACUGGAGAUGGCACAUGUACGACACUGUUAAGGGUUCUGACUGGCUGGGUGACCAGGAUGCCAUUCACUACAUGACCAGAGAGGCUCCUGCUAGUGUUCGGGAGCUGGAGGGCUACGGUUGCCCCUUCUCGCGUACCGAGGAUGGCCGCAUCUACCAGCGCGCGUUCGGUGGUCAGUCCAAGCAAUACGGCAAGGGUGGUCAAGCCUACCGUUGCUGUGCCGUCGCUGAUCGUACCGGCCACGCUCUUCUGCACACUCUGUACGGCCAGUCCCUGCGCCACAACACCAACUACUUCAUCGAAUACUUCGCUCUCGAUCUGCUGAUGGAGGAUGGCGAGUGCCGCGGUAUCAUCGCUUACAACCAGGAGGACGGUACCCUGCACCGUUUCAAGGCUCAUCACACUGUUCUGGCCACCGGAGGUUACGGACGUGCUUACUUCAGCUGUACCUCUGCCCACACCUGCACUGGUGACGGUCAGGCUAUGGUCGCUCGUGCCGGUCUGCCCAACCAGGAUCUGGAGUUCGUGCAGUUCCACCCCACCGGUAUCUACGGUGCUGGAUGUCUGAUCACCGAGGGUUCCCGUGGUGAGGGUGGUUACCUGCUCAACUCUGAGGGUGAACGUUUCAUGGAGCGUUAUGCUCCUACCGCCAAGGAUCUGGCUUCCCGUGACGUUGUGUCCCGUUCCAUGACCUUGGAGAUUCGUGAGGGCCGUGGUGUUGGUCCUGAAAAGGACCACAUCUACCUCCAGCUCAGCCAUCUCCCCGCUGAACUCCUGCACGAGCGUCUGCCGGGUAUUUCCGAGACCGCUUCCAUCUUCGCUGGUGUCGAUGUCACCAAGCAGCCCAUCCCUGUCCUGCCCACCGUCCACUACAACAUGGGUGGUAUCCCCACCAAGUACACCGGCGAGGUUAUCACCGUCGACGAGAACGGAAACGACAAGAUUGUCCCUGGUCUCUAUGCCUGCGGUGAGGUUGCCUCCGUCUCCGUCCACGGCGCCAACCGCCUUGGUGCCAACUCCCUGCUGGAUCUGGUCGUCUUCGGACGUGCUGUGUCUCACCGUGUCCGUGACACCGCCACCCCCGGCAAGGCUCACCGUGAGCUCAGCUCCGACGCUGGUGCUCAGGCUAUCCAGGACCUCGACACCAUCCGCACUGCCGAUGGCCCCAAGUCCAGCUACGACAUUCGUCUGGCCAUGCAGAAGACCAUGCAGACCGAUGUCAGCGUCUUCCGUACCCAGGAGAGCUUGGAUGAGGGUGUCGAGAAGAUCGCCAAGAUCGAUGGCAUGUUCGACCAGGUCAACACCAAGGACCGCAGCAUGAUCUGGAACUCCGACCUCGUUGAGACUCUUGAGCUUCGCAACCUCCUGACUUGCGCUACCCAAACUGCCGUCGCCGCCGCCAACCGCAAGGAGUCUCGUGGCGCCCAUGCCCGCGAGGAUUACCCUGACCGUGACGACGCCACCUGGAUGAAGCAUACUCUUACCUGGCAGAAGCAGCCCCACGGCAAGGUCGAACUGGGAUACCGUGCCGUCGAGCACAACACCCUUGACGAGACCGAGUGCAAGUCUGUUCCUCCGUUCAAGCGUGUCUACUAAGUGAUCUUCUCAAGAACUGUGAGCAUCUGGGGGGGGGGGGGGGG